AGGUGUCACGGCAAGUACACUGAUGUCCAUGCAGCGAGAACGUUGCUCCCUCGCAAGACUCCGCAGCGACGCUUCUCUUACUUCCUUCUUUGCGCAAAUCAACUGACAAUCGAAGGAAAGAGACGGAAGGGCGUGUAGCGGCGCUCGCUGCACAGCGGUGUUAGCAGGAGACGCCCUUUUCUUUACGUGUGCGACUUCUACCGUGCCUCAGCGUGCGCUGUGCAACUCUCUCGCUCCCUAUUAUUAUUUUUGUUUCCUGGUUUUCGUGUUUUAUCUUUUACCUUCGUAUUAGUUGUGUUGGACGUGGUGUUGCGCACGCUUCAGGAUACAUGCAUAUAUAUAUAUAUAUAUAUAUACCUAUGGGGGUUUUGUUUAUUGUAAUUGGCAGUCUUUUCCUCUCCACACGCGUCUCGGCAGCUGAAAAGCUAUUAUUUUUCUUUCAGGGCUGACUCACACGCCUCCGACAAAAAGAGAAACGAAUGGAGCAGCGCGACGCGGAAGGGCACACAGCCGUCGGCAGCCGGUCUCUCAGGCAGGGCGCCGAGGCGAGCGGAGCGGCGCGAGGUGCUGCACAGCCUCCCACCGAACUCCACACGUCACCAGAUGUGCACGAAGCCCCUAACGCUGCUCCUCACGCCGACCAGCUCGGCGGCCACGACACACCGGCGGCGACGGCAAUGCAAAACCCGCGGACGAGGAGAAGUUCGCCUGCCGAGGCGUACCUCGCCGUACGAAAGAUUCUAGAAGAAGUGGAACGGCAGCUGACGCACGCACACGCAGCCGAAGAGCAGCCUUUGCCCUCCUCCUCCUCCGUGUCGUUGUUGCCGUCGCGCACAGCAGACGCAGCGCAGCGUCAGCGCAACGCAGCAGCACGUGCACUGCGCCGCGUGCAUUGGCUGGCGCAGUGGACAGAGAACGUGUUAGAUGCCUACCCUUUUGUGGAGGACAACGCUGGAGUGGAGGGGAUGCGCAGUGAGGCUGCACCUCCUGCGACGACGAGAGCCUCCGUCGUGCUGGAGGCGACGCCAUCAAACGUUGAAUCUAGUCUGAUGGUGGGGACAGCCGGCAAAGCACCACAGCAAACCGUCAGGAGCAACAACAGCGAUGACCGCUGCUCUCGGUCACACGAGGAGGCGGCGGCGGCGGCGGCUGUGCGUGUUGAUUCAGUUGCAGCUGGACACGCAAACGGUGAAGACCGCAGCUCCGCAGGAGAACUCGAUGGAGUUGUGUUGGACAACAUGGCGAAGACAAGGGGGUGUGCGGAUGAGCACGCGAUCGGCGGCCGGUACAACAACGAACCCGUCGCAACCAAAUCACCCCCGACACGGCGCCUCAACUGCGAUGCUCCACACGCACCGCCGGUAGAGCGCCAGCUAAGUUUUCCGUCGGAGCACGGACUGCGUGCCGCGGCCGCCGCCGGUGCGCCGCAUCCCCACGUUUCUCCUCCCCACGAACUACCAAGGGAAGCGGCCAAUGUCGGUCGCCGUGCGGCGGUCUCUGCUGCGUCCGCCUUCACCACACCAGCGCCUCCGCCGCCGCCGAUCAUUCCACGUGAUCGCCCACCUCUCUGCCGUGAUGUUGGCGCGGUGCACGACGUGCCGUCGACGCUGGCGGAGCAGCGGGCGGCUUCGGUGUCGCAGCGGGGUCGCUGCGCGCACUGCGGCACCGCAUUGCCGCUGCCCACGGUGACUGCGUAUGAAUGGUGUUGCGCAAAGCUGACGGGUCUGUGCAGCGUGGUGCGCUGUGGUGGUGGCGGUACUUCACGCUGUCUUUCUCGUACUGGCUGCUGCUGUCGUCUCUGCCUCUUGUGUCGACGGGGCGAUGACGAUGACGGUGACGGCGGCAGCGGCAGCGGCAGCAGCGGCGGCCUCGACAGCGACGUGGAGAGGCAGAGCAACGGCGAGGCAAGAACACCUGCCACUCCACGCAGUACGAGCGAGGCACGGCGUGCAGAUGCGCGGCAUAUCAUCCACGGCAGCAACCGUAUCAGCAGCGAUCGAUGUCGUCGCGCGUUGAUCGAUGCAAGAAGGACAGAGAGAGAGGACUCGUACGGCGACAAUCCAGAGCUUUCUUUCGCGGAGGACGACGAGGCAGGCGAGCGUCAAGGAUUGCUGGCGCUGCGCAGCGCCAUCCACAAACCACAGAACACCCAUCUAAUCAGCCCACCGCCGUCGCGCAGCGUUACCAGUCGGUUAAAGACAACCACCGCGUCAUCCACUGCUGCUGCUGUCGCCGCUCGCGCUGCGGCGCACGGCACCGCGGGUGCGCUGUUCUGCGUGUAUGAAGGCGUGUACCUGUGCUCGGCGUGUUUCUGCGCCAAACCUGACACGUCAGCGGUGCCGCGGGAUGCUGACCGCGUCAUCGAUCCUGCGGCGUGGCAGGUGCGAUCAACUGUGGUCCCUCGUGCAACUAACGGCCCCCAUAGGUUCCGCGAAGGUGAUGCUACCGGGUCUGUGGACAACAACACCAACGAGGACACCAAUAGCGGAGAUGUGUCUCCCGUGUACGCGGCCGUGACCCACGCCGCCGAUCGCCUCAACCGCUGGUGGAUGUCGCGGCAGCUUGGCGAGGACCCGCCGACGCCCGUGCCCUUCGCUGCGCCACCGCCGACCUCCUUCUCCGCUACCUCUGCCGCAGCUGCUGCAUCAUCUUCGCUUCCGCCGGCAUCGCACGGAGUCGCAGCAGGAACAACCAGAGAAGCAGCAGCGCAGCAUGCUUUUAUUAUCCCGGCGCACGUGCUCAUGCGCUGGGACUUUACGCGUUACCCCGUCUCGGCACGCGCAGCCGCCGUCCUGCAGCGCCACAGCAGCGCUACGCCGCCCCCUUCCUGUCCUCCGCCGUUGAUGGGGUUGUUGUAUGACAUCUCGGCCAUACACCCUGCGCUGUACACCUGCGUGCCCGCCCUGGCGGCAGCGUCGCGGCUGCGCAAGCGGAUGUGCCUCCUGCACGCCCAGAUGUGGUGGUGUGCGCGCUAUCGGGCGGACGUCUGGGGCGUGGAUCGCGGCAGCCGUACUUCCUCACGCAUCAACGGUGGCGAGAGACAGGAGGUGCCACGGGAACAGCAGAGUGAGAAGAUGCGUGCGAUCCUCCUGCAGCCUUCCGCAUCGUCCGCAGCGGCAGCGGCGCCAUCUGAGGGUGGAGCCUUUCCUGUACACCAAGUCCAUGACGCUACGCAGCCGACCGCGUCACCGGUGCAGGCCCCAACUGGCUUCGGCGCUGCCCCUUCGCUGCAGUCCGCACAAACGGACGACGCGGAAGAAGAGGAUGGUGAUGAUGCAGAUGAAGAAGGUAAGAUAGAAGACGCAGCGGAAGGAGCCACGGCGAGCCGCGGUACACCACUGCGUCCUUCAUGGUCGACAAUGACGACGCCGCCGCCGCCGCGCUGUACGCCGAAGCGGCGCUACUUGGUGGAGCGGGCAGAGGGCUGGUCUUUGCAAGAUCUGUAUCGCCUGACCACGCCGUGUGUCCCACCGGCGGCCGUGGCUGCUGCAUAUCGCGCGUCAUGCGCAGAGCGCGUGCCGGUGGUGGAGGCGCCGUCGUUGUUGGGGGAGCUGCAGUCGAUGUACGCGAUCUUGCAGGAGCACCUUCGGUGUUGCGACUACUGCCGUGUGCACUGUCGCGACAUGACGACGGGGGAAUAA